AUGGGAGUACCAGCUGGUGAUGUAGAAAAAGGCAAGAAACUCUUUGUCCAAAGAUGCGCACAAUGCCACACCGUUGAGGCUGGAGGCAAACACAAAGUUGGACCCAACUUGAAUGGACUAAUUGGUAGGAAAACCGGACAAGCUGCAGGAUUCGCCUACACUGACGCCAACAAAGCCAAAGGUAUUACAUGGAACAAAGACACACUGUUCGAGUACCUCGAGAACCCCAAAAAAUACAUCCCCGGCACCAAAAUGGUGUUUGCCGGUUUGAAAAAGCCACAAGAGCGUGGCGACCUCAUCGCCUACUUGGAAUCAGCAACCAAGUGA